AUGUGGUGCUUGCCGGUUUUCACCAGUCGUCCUAUAUACUACCUAAUUAACCGCUAUAACACGUUUUCCACACUCGAGCCUAAGCAGAUCGCCCAAGAGACGUUUUGGCCAGACCCAAGCGAGAAGCAAAAAGUCGAGCUGGAGAAGAAGCCUGCGAUAGUCCCCCAGGCAGGCUAUCUGCACUCGCAAACUGCACUUGAGAGCAGUUGCGUCUCCGGAAGCCCUUCUCCCUCCUACAUUGUGGUUUCGGCAUGA